AGUGCCCCAAGAUGUCUAAGCCCCUUGACCUCUCUUACCCUCCCUUUCCCCACCCACAGCUCCGAACCACCAUCGGGCUCGAGUCUGGCUCAAGCGUCAUGCUCGAGCCCUGCUCGGCCGCCUCCCUCAAGCCAUGCUCAAUAGCUGAACUACCUCUCAUAGACCUCGAGUGCUUGCGGAAGGAUCCAAGUUACACACAUAAGCUCUCGCAAGCAUGUCGGGAUUGGGGAUUCUUUCUCCUGGUUAACCAUGGUGUUCCUCUCACUUUAUCUGAAGAAGCCAUGGCUGAAGUUAAGCAGAUGUUUUCACUGCCUUUUGAGGCUAAACAGGCAAACAGUGCAUUGCCCCUUCGGUAUUUGUGGGGCUCCCCUUCAUGGGAAAAUAAAUUGAGGAAUGUGAAUUGGAUGGAGGGAUUUCAUAUCCCUCUCAGAGGACAUGAAAACCAGGAUCACAUGCUUCUUCAACUUGACCCUUUCAACUCCUUCAGGAAUGUGAUGGCGGAUUUUGGGCACCACAUGAGCCGUAUAGCUCGGGAAGUCUUCGAGGCCAUACCUCUGCUCCACCUUAGAGAAGCCAAGAGGUCUGAUUACAUGGCAGAGUCUGAAGCAUUCAUAAGGGCAUACAGGUAUCCAUCAUGUGAUGCAUGUGACCAUUUCAUGGGCAUGGAGGCCCACACAGAUAGCUCAGUGCUCACCAUAUUGAGCCUAGACGACUCACGUGGCCUCCAAAUCCAUAAGGAUGGCCAAUGGCUCGAUGUGGUGCCACCCUCGGGCACUUUAGUGGUGAAUUUAGGGGACAUGAUGCAAGCCAUGAGCAACGAUGAGUACAAGAGUAUUGAGCACCGGGUGGUGGUGAAUGACGCCACUGAUAGGAUCUCCAUAUGCUAUUUCAGCUUUCCAGAGCAUGAAGCCCCUAUAUCCAGUCCUAAUUACCGAAAAUUUACGUAUAAGGAGUUUCGAUCUCAGGUGCAAGAGGACAUCAAGUCUUCAGGUUUCAAGGUUGGAUUAGAUCGAUUCCGGCUCAACCAAUGUUUAAAAAAUCAGAAUCAGACCACUACGGGAUUGAUUGUGAUUCACCCAGUUUGAAUCAGGAAAUUCCCCAUGCAGACUGAUAUGCCAAAGAAAAUAAAUUUGACAAAUUGGGGGAAUCGAGCCACUGAGGGGCUCCUUAGACCCUGACCGGUUCCGGUUUGAAUCGAGUGACUCCGGUUUGAACAGGCCAUGAACGUGUUUCAAAUUACUUGCA